AAUUUCAACUUGUGUGUUAAAUUGCUUACGAAAUUUAUCAGCCAAAUCAUUUUGCUCUAUGCACGUUGCAUUUAAAGAUAUUACUUUUAUAUCUUAGUAUGUGGUUUCUAACUACUUUUCUCUUGUUAUGCGCUGUGUGGUUUGGAAAUGGGGAAAAUAUAUGUGACUCAUCUGUCAGAGAUGUAUGUCAGCUGCCAAAACAGGAUCAAAAGUUGAUGUUUCCGAAAACAGCCAAAACUCUGGAGAGGCUUUGCUUAAAUUACAUACCUUUUGCUGAAUGUUUAGUUAAUUAUCAAGAAAAAUGCCCUUCGCCAGAAAUGCCAACUAUGGAAUUAACGUCAUCUGUAUUGAAAGCUGCCAGAACAUUUUGUAAUAAUGACUCAGUAUGGUUUAAAGGAGUGGUACACUACGGAAACUGUUUCGAAAUUUUUCAAUCAAGGUUACCAAGGGAUUUCACUGAGAAUUGCCGAAAUAAAAUAGAAAUGGGCACGAAGCUGGCAUAUUUAAAUGAUCCUAAUAAUCAUCCAGAACUUAAUAGAUGCUAUAACACUAUCGAAGUUGCAAGUUGCUUAGCUGAAAAGCUAUCCAAGGAUUGCGGAAAAGCCUCUAAAGAAUUAGCACUGCAUCUGAUACGAGAAAUUGGACCAUGGAAUGUUGUUUGUAUAGAUUACCAGAAAGAGGCCUUUAAGUUGAUGAAAGAUUUGAAUUUCACUUUUGAUCCAGAAACUUCAGAAGAAGAAUUUGCUGCUCUGUUGCAAAGCGAAAUAAGGAGUGAAAUGGAUUGAAGUUACUAUCAUAAAAGCAGCACAUAAUUGCAAACACUGUACAUUUUCAAAGAAAAAAUAAAAAAGAUUUGAAAAAAGUU